UAUGUCAAGAUGGACCAAACAAUACGUGAUAAGCUCUCACAACUGGUUGAGAAGUUGACUACCUCUGGAGAACCACAGUUAAAUCAAGACAAAAUGAAGGAAGUGAAGAAAAUAUGCAAAGUUUCCACUGACUAUGUCGAUAAUUUCUACAACUUGAUUAUGACCCAGCUGAACCAAGAGCAUGCAGAGAUCCGUCUCUCUGCCUUCCAAAUGGUCAAUGAGAUUUUCAGCCGGUCGCAUCACUUCAGAGGUCUUCUCAUCACAAUCUUUCAGGAGUUCCUGGAACUUACAGUAGAAACAGACACUGAGCAACCGUUGCCUCCACCCAAAGAGGUGGUGAGAAAACUAAGGACACUUGCCAUUCAGACUGUGCAGUCAUGGCACGCCACGUAUGGAGAGGCGUACAAGAAACUGUCUCUGGGAUAUCACUUUCUUAAGCAGAUUGAUGCCAUCAAUUUUCAUGAUGUUGAAGCAAGAACACUGGCUGAGAGAAAAAUACAAAAGGAGAAACAGAAGAGACUGGAAAGAAUUUACAAAGAGAAGCUUGAAAAGGCCAAACAGGAAAUGGAGGAAAUGACGACUGAGAUUGAGGAAACCUUGACUGAGAUGAACAACUGCAUAAAACUGCUUGCAACCGAUGACUUAAACCUGUUUAACGAGGAAGCAGCAGUUGCUAAAACCUCUGCGGGAGCUGAGAACAUAUCUGACCAACCCUGCUGCAGUAAAGACCUGAGCAAUGAGCAGAACGGAAAGAUGACCGAGAAGACAAAUGAGAAAACAGACAAGUGUAGUGACGAGAGUGACACAGAGGAAGUUCCUGAUGAGGACGCGUUUCUCCGCAGCACUGGUUUAAUGUCUUAUAGAUAUCAGCUGGAGCUCAAUGUGUCCACAGAUUUAAAAUUGAGGGAGACGGAGGAGAAUGAAGCCAUAGUAAACACUGUGAGGGAUCUUCAUAGACUCAUCACAACCAGACACCUGCCUCUUGUGCAGUCCUGGAUCCAGGUCUUUACAAAGGUAGGUGUUGAGGAAGAACUGAUGAGGAAAGCCACUGAGUUAAAGAAAUCACUGGAGUAUGCCUUGAGAAAACACGAGUGUCUUCAUAUAGAUUACAAAAACAGAGAAAGAAGAGUGAUGAGAGCUCCUGAAGAUGGAGAAGAUGACGACGAUGAUUUUGUAGACGUGCCGGAAAAGGAGGGCUAUGAACCUCACAUUCCUGAACAUCUGCGUGCAGAGUAUGGACUUGAUGAAACUCCCUCAACGUCAACCUCUGGGGCCAAAGCCAAGCCAUCAAAACCUGUUCCUCUUGUGUCCUCCAGUCUCUCUCGACUCAAGAGGAAGAUGUAUGAUGAAGAGCAGGACCCCACCUAUGCUGCUGCAACGCUGCGUGUGCUCAAACAGAGGAUUCAUUCUACUCCUUCUACAAGUAUGUCUGGGGGCUCUACUGAGGUCGCAGUGUGCAGCAGUGACCAUGGGGGCUUAAACAAAGACUAUGCCUCUGUUAAGGCCCCUGUCGUUCCGUUUGGUGUGGAUCUUUACUACUGGGGAGAGGAGCAGCCCACUGCUGGCAAAAUCAUCAAGAACGCAUCACAGCACCAGUUCUGGGUGCCUCAUGAGGUGGAGGAGGAAGUGUCUGCAGAGAUGAAGUCUAGAAUUAUCACCUUUGCUGGGAAAUGUAAACCUGUGGAGCACAAGUGCAAAGCACCAAUGCCAAAUGGAUCGUUGUGUGAACGCCAAGACAGAGUAAAGUGCCUGUUCCAUGGACGCAUUAUCCCUCGGGAUGAGCUGGGCAGGCCUGUUAGCCCAGAAGAUGCACUGCGAUUGGAGAAGGAAAAGAGGAAGGGCGAGGAGGAGCAGCCAGAUUGGCGAGACCCAGAGCUCAUGAGGGAGAUCGAAGCUGCAACUGGAGAAGAUCUGGGCUCCUCAAAGACGUACGGGAAGGGAAAGAAUGGCAACAAAGGAAAGUCAAAGAAAAAGUACCCAAACCUUACAGAUUUAAAGCAAAAUGCCAGUACAUCUCGUUCAAGACUAGAGAAGAAAGUCUUUAACAAGAGCUCCAUGAGACGAGUUACGGAGGUCAUGAACAAGAUGGACAAGAGGCAACAUGAGAAAUUUUCAAAUCAAUUUAACUAUGCACUGAAUUAAAGGAUACAGCCGUACUGCCACACACCAGUUUGGAUUUUUAUGCAGAACAAAAGCACAUCGUUAAUACUGUGCCUCAAA